AUGUCGCACACCAUUGCAGGACCGUCCAACUCAUCUUUGGGCGCUGCGCCGCUCAGCUCAAACGAUGAUGUCCAGAUGAUCGAUUCCAACGGCGACACGACCACUACCACCGGCGCUGCUGCUACGAAUGGAGCGACCCAUGUCGAGGACGGCGAAGGUGACAGCAGCGAUGUGGCCGAAGACGAGUACGAGAUCGAAUCGAUUGUUUCGCACUUCCAGGACAGCUCGGCCGGGGAGCUCUCGUACUUUGUCAAGUGGAAGGGUUAUCCGGAUUCGGAAAACUCGUGGGUGUACGAGUCGGAUAUGGGCGGAGCGCAGGAGAUGAUCACCGAGUAUUGGGCCAAAGUGCCGGAGAAGCGGGUUAAGAGGAUGGGAACAAAAGGCGGCAAGAAGGGGAAGCGGCAGUCGUCGGUUUCUGCGUCCUCGCCUGCAGCCAAAGCUUCUUCCUCAUCGUUAGCUGCUGCAGGCAAGAGGUCGGGCCGUCGAGAAUUGUCGCUGCUCGCACACGGCGAGACACCCAGCAGCCGUACCAAAGUCGCACGAAGAGUCACGGACGGCCUCGCCCCUUCGCGUAGUCCUACACCGGACGACGCGCUGAUCGACGUAGCAUCCGACCCUGCACUGCAGCGCAUCCGUUCGGACCCCAAUCUGACCGACGAGCAGCGCCAAGUGCUCGAGGCGCAGCAUCUGCACGCUGUGAAGCUCGAUCGCCUGCGCAAGCGCUACGCCCGCAUCCCCGACUGGGACCCCAUCGUCAAGCGCGUUGAAGCGGUCGAGAAGAUGUCAGACAACAAGCUGCGCGUGUUUGUGCAUUUCGAGAAUGGCGAUCGGCUUGCGUUCGAGAGCAUCGUGGCGCAUCAUCGGUGCCCGUUGAAGCUGCUGCAGUUUUACGAGAGCAAUUUGCGCUUCAAGAAGAGAGAUGACGACGACGAGCGCGCCGAGACCAUGCGUGGCGAGGAGGUGAUGCGCGAGCUCGACGAGUACACGGCUGCACAACAGGCGGGGGCGAACGGCGUGGGUCAAGGUGAAGGUGAGAAAGGAAAGGGCGAGGCGGAAGCGCAAACGGAGGGGACGCGCGGAGAUGCAGACAUGGUUCCGAAUGGGAAUGGGCAUGGUACUGAUGCAGAGGGUCUUUCUUCGUCGGCGAUUGAUUCCCAACAGGACGUCGUGGCGGCAGCGCAAGGCGAGCAGUCUCACCCUGACGACGAGUCGCUGCCGCACACCGAGACGCUGGACGACAUGGUCGCCGCCACCGACGCUGAGCCGUGA